UUCUCAUUAUUAUAGCCAACAGUACAGUAUUAACAAUUUAAGCCUUAUAAUGGAGUUAAGCAACUUUUUGUGAUCCUCUAGGCACUUAUAAUAUAAUUUAUACAUGAUCGACUGUUUGACAACUAAUUUUACCUUUUUUACUAGAAGCAUGACAACCGUAAUAGACGAUGGCGACAGAGAACUUAUAAUUACUACAAUUCGCUUUACAGUUGGUUUCUUUGUAAUAUCAGCCAAUAUCUUCGUACUAGUGAUGUUUUUAUGGGCCAGGAUCCACAAGAAGUCUUUUACUUACUCUCUUCUUCUACAUCAGUCGGUGAUCGAUAUCAUUGCAAGUUGUUUGUUUCUAGUUUACUUUACCAAUUCGGCACCAAACGGAGUUCACGGUAAAAUAUUCUGUAAAACACGCUCCGUUUUCUGGUCAUUUAUGUACGCGUCAACGUACAACCAUAUCAUCAUGACCAUAGGACGCUAUAUUGCUGUAAUUCAUCCGAUAACGUAUAGAGAAAAAAUCCACAAUAAGAGCAACAAACGAUACCUGGUAAUUCCUCACAUCGUUGGUAUUACAGUCGCAUGCCACCUCGCAGUUCUUGGCGACACGAAUAAUGCAGGAAAGUGUUACUUCAAUUAUAGCAGUGACGCCUCCAGAGUUGCAUCGGGUCUUUUUAUUUUCGUAAUUUCUUGGCUGAUACCGUUCCUGAUUAUAAUCGUCUGCUACACGUUCAUACUAAAAACACUUUACUACAGAGUACAGCCUAAAUGUACUGAAAAGUCGAGCCAUGGGAAAAAAUAUUUUACACGUAAUAUUCGAAGUAUUACGUAUAUGCUAUUAUUAGUUACCAUAGCAUUCCUGUUUUGCUGGACCCCGAAUCAUAUACUCUAUCUGUUUUAUACGAUCUCAAAGUCUUUUGAGUAUAAUUCCUCACUCAUUAAUGAGAUCACAGUAAUCCUCAAUGCUGUUAAUCUUAUGAUUAAUCCUAUCAUUUAUGCUUUCAAGUUUAAUGAUUUUAAGUUGGCGGUAAGGAAAUUCUACAAGGAAUAUUUUACAAAUGUAAUGGUAGCCUCCCGUAUAUGACGAAAAAAGCUGAGAUGGUAGACGCCUACAAUGCCAUAACCUAAAGCUUGUUUCCCACUAGGACGCAACGCAACGAAUCAAUUCAACUUUUCGCAACGCAAGCGCCGCAACGCAAGCAAAAAGCUAAUUUGCGCAUGUUACUGUUGGAUUUGUAGUUAGUGCUUCGUGUUUACAUAUUUUUGAUCUGUCAUCUUAGACCGUCGCGAUUGCUCUAGUCAU